AUUUUAAAGCAACUCUGAAGUUCGCGUUGUCACUUCCCUCACGUUUUCGUUUCAAUCGCACUGGUCCCAUUUCACAGAAAAACGCCUCAAAGAAAAGAAGAAGAAGAAGCAACACCAGAAACCACAAAAAUGGUGAAGGAUCGGAAGAUCGGAGUGGCUCUGGAUUUCUCCAACAGCAGCAAAAAUGCUCUCAGAUGGGCCAUCGACAACUUGGCCGACAAGGGCGAUACUCUUUUCAUCAUCUACGUUAACCCCAAUUCACUCGACGAAUCUGCCCAUCGCCUUUGGGCGGAAUCCGGUUCUCCUCUGAUUCCAUUGUCGGAAUUCCGAGAGCCUGAUGUUUUGAAGAAAUACGAUGUCAAAAUCGACAUCGAAGCACUUGAUACUCUCGACACUGGGGCUAGACAGAAAGAGAUUACGGUUGUGUCGAAGCUGUACUGGGGAGAUGCGAGGGAGAAGAUUGUCGAUGCAAUCGAAGAUCUGAAGCUGGAUUCUCUAGUAAUGGGAAGCAGAGGGCUGAGUACCAUUCGAAGGAUUCUGCUUGGGAGUGUUAGCAACUACGUGAUUACUCACGCUCCGUGCCCUGUUACAGUCGUCAAGGAAUCGAACUUUCAGCAUCAUUAAGGCGUGAAAUCGGUGAUUACUGGGUUUUGUUCUUUAAUCGAGUGAUCUUCUUUAUUAAGUAUAUGCCUAAACUGAACUCCUGAAGUUCUCGAAAAUUCUGUUUGUGUUCUUGAAAACCUUGAUUUCCCUGUUUGGAGGAUAAUAAAAUAUUUGAAGAAUUUGAAUUUUUCAA